CGCUCCGCUGGUCCAGUCUCUCACGGUCGUCGCCAUAUUGCGACGAGCUUUACACGCCGUCAAACCGCGACGUGCCCCCCACCCCCGCUGACGACGACUCAAACUCCGACGACUCCGUCUCCGACUCGGCACACACGGUCGCCGCACGGCAAUGGACUGAAAACGGAACAAGCGCGGACACCAUCGCUGUUAUUCCUCCACCUACACGUCGUCACGGUUUACGGACGGAUUCCCGUCGGGACGGACGCCGCCGCAUACCGAAAGAGGUCCACCGCGCACGUCCUACAGGGACGGUACCAUUUAGUAGUUAGUCGCGGUAUACGCGAGGACCGUGCGCGCGCGGUGCGUCAUUGAGACACUGUUCCGUCGUGCGUGUGUGCGGAUCGGGUCGGGCGAUACAACGUGUACACUUUAGAUCACUACCCACCUCUAUACAGUCACACGGGACCACCGACCGCGCGAGAGUCCAUCCCGCCCGCGGAGGAAUUGAGCGGCUCGGUCGACGACGCAUAGAAAUUUUGAAUUUGGACACAACAACGCGGGAUAAAAUAUGGCACCUGUGGACAAGUCGACCGAUGGAUCCGAUUCAGCAGACAAAUCGGGCACGUCGCCUCCGAGUCCGGCGAUCGGCGAAAAUAAGACAGUUGGCGGUACGUCGGCCCAAGGGCUCGACCAGUCAGCCAGACAGGGCACACCUGUCCUGGACGGCACCGGAUACGCCGAGACGACAAUGAGUUCCAAGCUAGAGAACGCAGACAUAUUAAAAACUAAACUCUCAGACAAAGAUUUGAGGACGCCGAGCAUACCGUUCAUCACGUCCACGCCAAACACCUUGACUCCGACGGAUAGUUCGGAAAUGCCACCAUGGGCGUCUUGGUCUAUAAUAAUAGCGGUAGUAUUACUAGCUGUCGGAUUCGUGGGCUUUUGCAUACACAGAUUCUUCAGGAAGCGAAGAACAAAAGAUGGCAAAAAAGGAAAAGGCGUCGUGGAUCUAAAGGCUGUCCAACUAUUGGGUUCGGCCUACAAGGAAAAAAUACAACCAGACAUGGAAGAAUUGGCUGACAAUGCGGAGGAAAUCGCGGAAGAAGGGGACAGUACGAAGGACGAGAAAAAGUUAGGAAGGUUACAGUUCAAGAUGGAAUACGAUUUCCAAGGCAACACUCUCUCCGUGACCGUGAUCCAAGCGGAAGACCUGCCGGCCCUGGACAUGGGAGGUACUUCGGACCCGUACGUCAAGGUCUACUUAUUACCCGACAAAAAGAAAAAAUUCGAAACAAAAGUGCACAGAAAAACGCUGAAUCCUGUCUUUAACGAAACAUUCCAGUUCAAGGGGAUACCUUAUGCAGAUGCGAUGAACAAGACUUUGGUAUUUGCCAUUUUCGAUUUCGACCGGUUCUCCAAGCACGAUCAGAUAGGAGAAGUAAAAGUGCCCUUGUGUCAGAUCGAUUUGGCCCAGACGAUCGAAGAAUGGAGAGAACUGCAGUCGGUCGAAGGAGAAGGAGGACAGGACAACAAGCUGGGAGACAUUUGCUUCUCGUUGCGUUACGUGCCUACUGCCGGAAAACUUACAGUAGUAAUAUUGGAAGCUAAAAACUUAAAGAAAAUGGACGUUGGUGGACUCUCAGAUCCGUACGUGAAGAUCGCUUUGAUGCAAAAUGGGAAAAGGUUAAAGAAAAAGAAAACGAGUAUAAAAAAGUGUACCCUCAAUCCAUAUUACAACGAGUCGUUCACAUUCGAAGUUCCAUUCGAACAGAUACAAAAAGUCAACCUGGUAGUGACAGUGGUCGACUACGAUCGCAUCGGUACGUCCGAGCCCAUCGGCAAAGUGGUGUUGGGCUACAAUGCCACCGGCACCGAACUGCGGCACUGGUCCGACAUGUUGGCGUCGCCAAGGCGUCCGAUCGCGCAAUGGCACACGCUGAAGGAUCCGGACGACGACGCCAAAAACUAGAAAAAGUCAUACGAGAACCGACCGGACGACAGAACACCGCCGCCGGCAAAGUCAUCGUUAACCACAGGCGUCCCAAUUGGAUAUAAUAAUACUAUGCAGAAAUAAUUCUUAAACGACACACAAAUCGGAAUCUGAAAUACAAACAGACACCUAUACCUAAUAUGGGUACACUAUAAAAUAAUAUCGAAAUAGAUGAUAUUAUCGUCUAAGCGAGAAAACGCGCAAUUCUGUGUAGUAUUAUCUCAUAGUAGACAAUAUUACAAUAUAAUUAUCCAGAGUAUUACAAUAUUAUUAUUUGAACUCUUUCUUAAAAAAAAAAACAUUAUAUGAUAAUAAUUAUUGUAUACCACAUUAAUAUUAUAUUAUGACAUCAUCCGUGCCCAUGGUGUGUACAUAACUACGAUAUUAUCGUUGCGUGUUUUCACAUAAACUACGGCGAUUAUAAUUAUACAAUGUAAUAACUACCGUUGUCGUCAAUCCGUAAUAUUCACCGUUCAACUUCUCCCCCGUCAGCCCCACAAAACAAAAAAUAUCCGUUCAUAAUUCGUAUUAAAAUGAUCACCAGUCACCAUAGACAUAAUAUAUAUUUUCCCUAUAAACAUAGAAAAUAUUUAUACAUCCAUGCUACCUGAUACACUUAAUUAUCGUCGUCUAUCGUUCAGGAUGCCACCUAGAGUUAUUGUAAAAAAAACCUCAUCUUAUUAUGGUGCGUAUUAUUAAAACAUAAUUCAGUGGCAUAGCCAAGUGGGCUGAAACCAUCCCGAAAUUUCCUGAAAAUUUAAAAACGCUAAUCCAAAAAUAAUGUGUAAACGUUUAUUAAAAUUUUAAUUUUUAUGCGAAGGUUACUGCGAAAGUCUAAAAUCUACCCCCGGCAUCAGCAUACCAAAUUUAUGAAGGAUCCCAGUUAAGCCUCCCCUAAACAAAUUAUCAGCCCCACCCUCAAAGUAAAAUCUUGGCAGAUCCUUCAUAUAAUAAUAUAUUGUACUUAAGAGCAAGACAAAAUUAUUGUCGAUACCGAACAAAAACAAAAAAAAUAACGACAUAACUGUAAUUAUUACAAAACGUCUAAUAAUAAUAUACACCGAUGUCUUCUCCGCGUUAUUAUUAUAUUGGUAGAAUAUUGCAGGUAAUAAUAUUAUUAUAUAAUAUGUUGCCUAUAUAUCAUCACCCUAUCGGGUAAUAUAUUAUACAUAGGUAGGUACUCUCAUCUUUUUAUCGUUUUAUUUUUUUCUUCUUUCCUUCUCUUGACGGAAAUUAUAUACCAACUUAUAAUAAAAAUUAAAAAUAAUAAUAUUAAAUUAAUACAUACAUUAUAUAUUAUAUAUAAAUUAUAAUAUUAUCUUCGUUAACCCUCCCGCGGGUGUUGUUCUAUACUAAGCCACUGUUAUUCGCUUCAUGUAAACAUUAUUUAGUUUUAAUACACCUACCUACCCUAUACCUAGUUCAGAAAAUAAUACCAUCGUAUAUUAUUAUCAUUAUUAUUAUUAUUAAUAAAUAUAUAUUAAAUUAUAUUAAGUUCUCUGUGUAAAUACUAUUUUACCACCAUUAUUAUUAUUAUUAUCAUUAUUAUUAUUAUUAUCAUCAUUACGUUUUGUUUGAUCGGAUAGAUUUAACACGUUAUUAUAAAUUAGUCUUCGUUAUUUAAUUGUAAUAAUAUUGUUAUCCUCGGAAAGACCAGAGAGGUGCGUUUAUUAAUGAAUCAUUGGAACAAAAAUUAUAUUAUCUUUAUAAAAAAAAAAAAUACCUCAUCAUACCUCAUUCCUAGUCAAUCGUAAUAACAGAUAACGAUAAUAAUAUUAUAUUAUAUCUUAGAAAAAAACGUUAUGUCGACUUUUUUAAUAGACGCAUGUUUCUUGUCAAUCUCGUUUAUACUUAUUCUCUAAAUUAUAAUUUACCAUUUUUUCGAAUAAUAAAAAAAAUGAAAACAAUAAUAACAAUAACACAACAUAUUUUAGUCAAACAAAAUAUACCUACCUAUAUUAUAUUCGUAAAGAAAUGUACUGUUUAUCUUGUUAUUGUUACUUAUUUAUGUAAAAUAUUGUAUUAUAUUCGAAUAAUAUUAUUAGGUACUUAAUUAAUAUUAUAUAUUAAAAACGAAAUAAAUGCGUAAGUCUAUAUUAUAUAAAAGAAUAAAAGCGUAGAUCGGGAAUAAGAUACGUUUGGGUCAAGGCCCGAGUUUUUGUCUGUCAUUAAAAUAUUAUUAUACUGUGCUCGCAUUUCCUCUUA